UUAGCUCAUGGGACGAGGAGGAGGGGGGGUUACUGUGCAACUUGCCGGAUAGGACCUGAUGCUUGCAAUUAAUCAGAAGCCAACAAAUCUGAAGGCCGCUAGGAAUAAACUCACUGAAGACUGACUUGCGUCGUUCUGCAGAGAAGUAGCACACCACUGGGAGAUGGUUCGUGGAGGCUGAAAAGUCAAAGAACAUUAGGAAAAGGAAAACGCUGGGCCGUCACUUCCAAGAGACAAGUCAAGGGAGCUGUUAAUGCAACAUGAUCUAGUAGGUCUUGCCCUAAAAAUACCUCUGGGCAGAAGAGUGGCAGCUUUCUCUAUCAACUUAAUCAGCUGGUGAUCAACAGUUUCUUUUUCUUCUUUUGACAGCCGAGGUCAGAGGAGUUUGAGAAGAUAUGCUUUGAAAGAUUCUGUUUGGUUUUUUCUAGAGAAAGAAAAGUUGUUAAUCUUAAAUGUGAGAACUAUGCUUACUGUAAUGUAUAUGUGACAGGCAUUGAGGCCCUGACUGACCUUUGGUUUGGAAUAUUACAAGAAACCAUUGGUCUGCUGAAUCAGUUCAACUAUGAGGAAAGCAGAGGUGCAAAUGACCCUGAAAAAAGGGGCAGAUGAAGCGAUGGCGCCCCCAAGCCCCAUCAUCCCCCCAAAACGUUCCAAAGCGAGCCCGGAGCAAGUCGUUGCAGACCCCCGGGGACCUGGUUACCCCAUCCAGACUCCACCUGUGUUUGUACGCAAAAUGAGGAACGCUGCCGUGGGGACGGGCUGUGACAUCCGUCUAAAGGUGACAGUGGCGGGCGACCCCCAGCCCUCCCUGUACUGGUACCACAAUGAAGACCUCCUCAACAUGGAGAACCAGGAGUACGGAGGCCUCUGGAUUAGGGAUUGCAAACCAAGCGAUGCUGGCCUCUACACCUGUAUUGCCAACAAUCACCUAGGAGAGGCUCGGAGCAGCGCUGUACUUGCUGUGUUGGAUCUGGGAGAAGAUUCUGAAACAACAGAGGAUGAAGGUGAAGACCAAUAUGAGACCAAAGAAGACAGUGGGGAGGUUGAGGACCAGGCUGUGCAUACAGUGAUGAACAAAUGUUCAGAAGACGAUAGUAGAACACAUGGACAUGAAGAUCACUUAAACAGGGGCCAGUCAGAGGAUUUUUCAAGAGAAUCUCCACCACAAGUCCUCCCACCCCCAUCCCCAAGACUCGUCAAACGCCUCUCCACCUCUCCAAUGCCAAGUCGCACUGGCUCAACCACACCACUCAGUUUGCGAAAUAAAAUCGUUGUGCCAACUGAAUACCAAGACACAGUGCCUGGGGAGUUUGAAGAAAAGGUUAAGCAACCAAAAUCAGUCUCUCAGAGUAACACCCAGGACUCUCGUCCACAGACUCCAGUAAGUGAGUACUCCCGCAAAGAGUUAACCCCUAGACCAUCCCCGAAGCUUACUAGGGCAAGCUCAAAGGUUUUUGAGAAGGUCCGUGGCUUAGAAGAGCGAAGACGCAGCCUUGAUAUUCCAGAGGGAUCCAUCUCUGGUAGAUCCUGGGCAGGGUUCAAUCAUGCUGGAUCUGUUGAUUCUGAUGAUGGAGGAAGUCGGCUGGGCAUCUCUAGAGAAAGUUCAAGGGAAGAUCUUCGGGAGGCUUUGAAAGAGGAUGCUGCUGAGCGAAGAUCUAUGUUUAGACAGAGAGCUGCUUCCCUGGAGGAGAAACCUCGCUACUCCCAAAAAGUUCAGGACAUUGAGAACAAGUUCACAGAGGAGCUCCAGCGCAUUAAGAAACUUGUUGGAAAACCUCAUAUGAAGAAAUCGUUUUCAACUGAACAGCUCACCCUAAAGGGCAAGCAGCGGCAGCCUUUUAGGAAAAUUGAACCUAUUCCUCCCCAAGUCCUCCAAAAGCUGCAAGAAAGGGAACGUGUCCAGUGGGCAAAGGAACAGAGAGAAAAGGAUUUAAAUCUACAACCAGUGCAGCAGCAAGAGCCAACACAGCAAAAGCAACAUAAAUCACAACCUCAAAAGACAGAGAGCAGCAGAACUGUAACCAUCAGUAGAUUUGGAGAGGUUGCAGGAACCCCAGAGUCAAUGCAGUUAUCUGACUUACCUGGACAACGAUUGGUGAGAGAACUAAGUAGAGUCAGUCCCGUUACAGAAAUCUUUCAAAAAUCAUCAUCACCAGCAUUUUAUCACCAACAGAGGGCAGAGUCCCCAAGCAGGAAUGUUGCUGAGAUGACUUUACGCAAGGUUGAACGAAGGCCACCAAGUCCGCUUGUACAAAGGGUGUCUCGAAUGCAGGAAUCCCCACACUUCCAAGACUCUCUUUUGCAAAAGGAUGAAACUUCGGGAAGAAAGACACCAAUAGAAGUAGUAUUGAGAAAAAUCGAAAACAGACCUGAGAGUCCACUGGUACAAAAAAGAGCCAUGAUUGUGCAAGAUCUUCCUCCUCAACCGCCUCCAAAACCUCAAAGAAUAUCACCUGUCACUCCGACAGAGGAGAAAAUGCAAGUGGAGCUGUCAAGUCCAACUUCUAAGAUACGAGUCCCAACAAUUAUUGUUGAAGACGAAAAGAUGGAAGUCGAUGUUCCUGUAAAGACAAGUGGGUUGCAGCAGAUUGCCACCGGUGCCAAAGAGGGACAACAGCAGAAGACGAAAGGAAAAAACCGUCGCCCACGACCCAUGUCUCCUGAGUUAGAUUCUUCCGAUGAUUCGUAUGUGUCUGCUGGAGAAGACCCAAUGGAGGCCCCGGUAUUUGAGUUUCCCCUCCAGGACACUGUAGUGUCUGCUGGUGCAGAUGUGCUGCUAAAAUGCAUCAUUGGUGGAACCCCCAUUCCUGAAGUUACCUGGACAAAAGACAACAUCAGUGUCAGUGGCAUUGCAAACUACACAGUCAAAGUGGAGGGUGAACGACACAGCAUGCUCAUCAAAUCAGCAAAAAUGAGUGAUGGUGGAAAAUACUGUGUAACAGCUGUCAAUCAGGAGGGGAGAGCCACCAGUUUUGCCACCCUGACUGUUAAAGCAGAGACUGCACAGGAGCCCAGAGGAAACCUGGGUGUGCCUAUGGAUAUCAGCAGCCCUAUUACAUCAGACGAGGAGUAUCUCAGUCCCCUGGAGGAGGGCAUGGAUUUUGGAGGGCCAGAGCCAAAGCGACCUAUUGACACGCGAUUCAGGAAACCCCCUGCAUUCCUGGUAACAAUGAGUGAUCAAGCUGUCAUUGAAGGACAGGAGGUCACCAUGUCUGUGCGAAUAAGUGGACAACCCAAACCCAUGCUCUAUUGGCUGAGGGACAGAGUCACAGUAAAGUCCGGCCCACGUCACAUUGUGCGUGAGACAAACGACAGCACUUUUGAGAUGAUAAUCAAGUCGGCAGCACGGUCGGACUCUGGCAUUUACACCUGUAAGAUCAUCAAUGAAUACGGAACAAAGCAGUGUGAAGGAAAGCUAGAGGUAAAAGCUUCACCAGUUGAGCCAGGCCUUGCGGUCAUUCGCCCAGUCCGGGACAUCACAGCCAAGGCCGGGGAGACAGUUUUGUUUGAGUGUCUCGUCAUUGGACCGAAAGACACCGAUGUGGACUGGCUUGCUGAUGGGAAACUGAUCCAGCCGGCGUUGCUCAACUGCAAGAUGUACUUUGAUGGAAGAAAGUGUCGGCUGCUGCUCAACUCGGUACAUGAGGACGACAGCGGGACGUACACGUGCAAGCUCAGCACAGCCAAAGAGGAAGUGACCUCAUGUGCCAAACUCAAAGUCAUCCCUUCCUUUGAACCUCUCUUCACUCGCAAACUGGACGUUCUGGAAGUGAUUGAGGGGCGUAAUGCUCGAUUCGACUGCAAAGUCAGUGGGACGCCAUCUCCCAAGGUCACAUGGACUCACUUUGACCAUCCGCUCAUAGAAAGUGAGGACAUACGUAUUCUUCAGGAGGGCGGUCGCCACUCUCUCAUCAUCUCUCAUGUGACCAAUGACGAUGAGGGUUUCUACACCGUCAUUGCCUGUAACAGUUGUGGAGAGGCAGAGAGCUCCGCUGAACUUUACAUACAAGAACCACGGCCUGCCAUCUCGUCUCAAAUGGCAAAACUCGAGAAGAUGCCGUCCAUCCCAGAGGAGCCAGAGGUCCCAGAGAAUGAGGUGGAGCGUUUCACUAUGCCUGACUUCAUCAAGCCCCUGUAUGAUCUGGAUGUGAUCGAGGGGAAGGAGGCUGUGCUUAAAUGCAAAGUGGCCGGUUUGCCAUACCCCACCAUCAUCUGGUUCCACAACGGCAAAAGGAUUGAGAGCACAGAGGACAGAAAGAUGACACAGUUUCGUGACGUCCACAGCUUGGUCAUCCGCUCUGUGUACCACGCCCACGGCGGCGUCUACAAGAGUGUCAUCUCUAACAAAGUGGGCAAGGCCACCUGCUAUGCUCAUCUCUAUGUUACAGAUAUCCUCCCUGACCCUCCUGAUGGGACUCCAGUGAUAGAAUCCAUCACUGGGAAAACCAUCAGCUUAAGCUGGAAGAAACCAAGGAGGCUGGAUCCAUCGAUUGAUCCCAGUGCCCUGAUGUACGCCAUUCAACAACAACCCCUGGGCUCCAUCCAGUGGACCAUCAUAGCCUCUGGCCUGAAGGAGACCGUCUACACCAUCACCACCCUCUCCAAAGGAGUCCGCUAUGCUUUCAGGGUCCUGACCAUCACCUCCAAGGCUUUCAGCAAACCCUCCCCCACCACCGACCCUGUGCAGCUCCUGGACCGAGGUCCCUAUCUUCUGGAGGCUCCAGUCAUCAUUGAUAAGCCAGACGUUGUGUAUGUGAUGGAAAACCAGUCAGUCACCAUCACUGUUACCCUAAAUCAUGUCAAUGCUGCUGUCAUCUGGAAGAGAAGGGGAGUGGUCCUGGCCAGCAAGCCCGGCCUGUACGAGAUGGCAAUGCCAGAUGACGACCAGCACACGCUGAAGCUGUUCAAAGUAAAAAGCGCUGACGUGGGAGAGAUGGCGUUUGUGACCUCCAACAAGUAUGGCAGUGACAGCUGCAUCUUCAGCAUAGAGCUGGCAGCUCCACCAACUUUUGAGACAAUCAUGGAGGACCUGGAUGUUUGUUCUGGAGAGACCCCUCGCUUUGCUGUGGUUGUGGAGGGCAAACCAGUUCCAGACAUCCUCUGGUUUAAGAAUGACAUCCUGCUGUGCGAGAGCAGUCAUUACACCUUUGUGUAUGAUGAUAAUGAAUGUUCCUUGGUGGUUCUGAAUGCUCAUAUAGAAGACUCCGGGGUGUACACGUGCACUGCCAGGAACUUGGCAGGAUCUGUGUCUUGUAAAGCUGAACUCACCAUUCAUGAAGCUAAAAGAAAAGAGGAUCCAGUGGAUGAUGAGCAGACUAUUUUGAGGAAAAUGCGCAGGCUGACAGACUAUUAUGACAUCCAUAAGGAAAUUAGAAGGGGGGCAUUUUCCUAUGUGAAACGUGUGACCCAGAAAGUAGGCAAAAUGGAGUAUGCAGCGAAGUUUAUCUCCACAAGAGCCAAAAAGAAGCCAUCUGCUCUGAGAGAGAUGAACCUGGUGUCCAAACUGGACCACGAGAGAGUCCUUUACUUUCAUGACACCUUUGAGAAAAAGAACGCAGUCAUCAUCAUCACUGAAAUAUGCCAUGAAGAGCUGCUUGACCGGUUUACAAAGAAAUCUAUUGUCAUGGAGUCUGAUGUACGGUCCUGUGUAAGACAGGUGCUUGAGGGGUUGGACUACCUUCAUCAUCUAAACAUCAUACAUCUGGACAUAAAGCCCGAUAACAUCCUCAUGGCAGACCCUCAUAGUGAUCAGAUCAGAAUCUGUGACUUUGGCAACGCAGUGGAAAUCACCCCUGAUGAGGCCCAAUACUGCAAAUAUGGCACACCUGAAUUUGUUGCACCAGAAAUAGUCAAUCAGACCCCUGUGUCCAAAGCAACAGACAUCUGGCCUGUUGGAGUUAUCACAUAUCUGUGUCUGACAGGAGUUUCUCCAUUUGCUGGUGAGAACGACCGCAGCUCUGUGCUGAACAUCAGGAACUAUAACGUGGCCUUUGAAGAGAGCAUGUUUGCUGACCUUUGCCGGGAGGCUAAAGGGUUCAUCAUUAAACUGCUGGUAGCCGACAGGCUGAGACCUGAUACUCAGGAAUGUCUGCGACAUCCCUGGUUCAAGACACUUAAUAAGGGGAAGGCCAUAAGCACAGAGGCCCUGAAGAAGUUUGUAUCACGCAGGAAAUGGCAGCGUUCAUUAAUCAGCUAUAAAUCAAAAAUGGUUAUGAGGUCCAUACCUGAAUUACUUGAUGAUUCCUCGAGCCAUAUCUCCAUCGCAGUCCCCAGGCACCUUAAAGAGGGUUCACCUUUGCCAUCAUCAUCCUCAGAUUCUGAUGAAGACAUUGAUGAACUGCCAUUUAUUCCAAUGCCACUUACCAUGGAAUUCUCUGGAUCAAGGAUGUCACUGAAUGAUAUCCAGACUAAUGAGCAGGAAACAGGGAAGCAGAAUGGAACAAGUAAAUGGUCUGGGCCCCCUGUUCAAGCACAGGAGGCAAUGGAAUGUGACAAGAAAGAAAUGGAUAAAGAAGGAGUUGAAAUCACAGGUAAAGGCCGCCAGCGGAAGAGGUCAUCACAAGACAAUGACAGGUGUUCCUCAGAUGAGGAACCACCUGCUGAACUGCCACAAAAGUCGGAGCUGUCUAGAAAACCACUGCGAAGGGGUUCAAGUAUGGAGUCAGACAAACCAGAAAGUGGACGACGAAGGGGAGAACUUAGACGUGGGGGCUCCGCUGACAGUGCAUUGCUGCUUCGGAUUCCACCUGAGGAAGGAGCUGUAGAGGGAAACCAGGAUGAUGGCAGGAUAGUUCUGAAGAAAGCUGUCUCUAUGGAACUACCAAGGAGAAGCACCAGCCCAGGAACAGUGAAGAUGAGUCAAGAAGACUAUGCACUUAAACUUGAGCUAAUGAGGCAGCGACUGCUUCGUGGAGGGUCAGUAGACAAUAAAAUGAGUGGACUGAGAGGACCACUGCUGGAAACAUUAGGAAUGGGAGAUGAGAAACGUGCAAUAUCCUCUGAUCGCUACUCUCGCACUGCUCGUUUAGGCCCACCACCACUAAUCAGAGCUUCAUCCAGUGAUUUACCAAAGGAUGAACUUCCAAAACCUAAAGUUCUGCGCAAAAGUGCAUCUUUCAGUCAAGGUGAUUCAGAGCCUAUAGCUCUACACCGCCGGUCUGGAGCUCCUCUGGAGAUUCCCUUAGCUCAGAUUGAAGAAAGAAGGCUAAAGGAAGCUAUAUCUAUGUCAGCUUUGACUGAGCAAAUAAAGCUAGACUCACGCCCAGUGACUCCCAGGGAGCCUUCACCCAGACCACCAACUCCAGAGUCUUUUGUGCAGGAGAGUCCUACCAAGACAGGAAGUGAGGAAUCAUUAAUGGAUAAAGAGAUGAAGUCCGAUGAGACUAUAAAUGAAAAGAUGGAUGGGUCAAUGACAGAUGGUAAUUUUGAUGAGAGGUCGAGCACAAGUGGUUUCUCAGAGAAGGACAUGAGCAUAUCAGAAGAGCCAAUGGUUGAAUCAGAGUACAUGGGCCCGAGAAUUCCUACACCUCCUCUUGUGGCCCAAAGCUCUAAACUAGAGGAGAGAAUGGAAGAAGAAGAAGAAGAAAAAGAAGUAGGAAAGGAGCAUGAAGAAAAAGAAGUGACUAUGAAAGAUGAAGAGGAAAGAAUUGUCAAUAUGUCUGAAACAAAUACAGAAAAUGUAGAAGUUAGUGCAGAAAAUGUAGAAGAGGAAGUAAAUAUGCCUUCUAAAUCUUCUGAGAUGACCAUAACGACAAGCUCAUUUAUGGUGAGACCAACACAAGAAUAUUCCCAUCCCAUCGUAUCAACUCAUGUAACACCCUCGCUUCCUUCUCGAGUUGUUCUUCCAGAUGGAAGGACUUCAGCAUAUGCCAGUAUUAUGCAGACAAUUAUGGUCCCUUCAGUUCAGCCUCUCAAUGACCCUACAUUAGGCCCCUCUACACCAGAUGUUCCAGCCCUAUCAUCAUCUGCAGUAUCACCUGAAACAUUUUCACCCACAUCAUCACCUGCUAGCAUUCCCACUGCUUCAACAGGUGUGCCAAAGCCAGCAAUUUUGUCAACCACUGAGCACCCUGCUGUUUACUCCAGGGUAGCUUCACCAGAAACGAUCAUAAAAGAACCCAGUCCGCCAAAGACUACCACACAUUCCUCAUCCCAACAAGAACUUUCAACAGGAGUGGACUUUGAGGACAUUACCUCUGAAGAAGUAUUUGAGGCGCGCUUCAAAAAGCGUGAGUCCUCUCUCUCAAGAAGUCUAAAAUUUUUGUCGCGUUCUAAGAAUGAUGACAAAUCCCAAGCAAUUUCCUCUGACUCCACAGAGUCAGGUGAGGAGAUCUACAGACCUGGGCCAAUUGGAGCUCCAUUGGAAGUAGCACCAAGGAGACUUGAAGAGAAGUCAAAGUCAGUCCAGGACCUUCGUGAAGCUCAGAAGGAUCAAGGCUUUAUGAGGAGGCUCUCUUUGCGUCUGAAGCGAACUCCUUCAACUGAGCGCAAGGAAGAAAUGACCAAAGAAGAUGAGUCCGUUUCUUCAAGAAGGAGGCUGUCUUGGACUCUUGGUCGACGAGGAUCACAGGAAAGGAAAGAAGUGGAAAUGACGCGCAUGGAUGGUGGUGGUGACACCACAGUGGAACAAGAUGAAAAGGAGCUUAAGAAACCUAAUGAAUCACCAGUCCUGGCAAUGCGAAGGAAGAUUGAAUCUACGGUGGCUGGGAUAUCUACUAGAAUCCGUAGCUACUCAGAGGAAAGGAGAUCAUCAGAGGAAAAGGAACAAAAGAGGACACCCAUUCUGUCCAUGCUUCGUCGUUCAACAUCAGAGAGCCGUGCCAUGAAGGUUCCUAGUGUUCCUCAGAACCAGCUGGUGUCUCAGGCCAGUAAUGGCACCUCAUCAGAGUCUCUCGACUCCAUGUCCAGCUUAAAGUCAGAUGUACUAAAAGGUGUGGAGGUCGAGCGCAGAUCCCGCUGGGAUAGAUGGGGCCUGACCAGAGGGAGGCGAGACAAGACAGUAUCACAGCCUGACAUACCAACAGCAAUCUCCAGAGAAAAUAGUUCCUUGCGUUCUCGCCAGUACUCAAAACUGGCUUCUGAUUUCCCUCCAGUAUUCCACAUCAAGCUGAGAGAUCAUGUCCUGCUGGAGGGGGACCCAGUCACACUCAGCUGUCUGCCAGCAGGCAGCCCCCACCCACAAAUCACCUGGAUGAAAGAUAAGAAGCCUCUGGAGAUUGAUGCCAGGAUGAACAUGAUUGCCUGCCCUGAUGGCCGGCAGCUACUGAUGAUCAUGCACACAACCAAAAAGGAUGCAGGGGUUUAUGAGUGUGUGGCUACAAAUCCCCUCGCCUCUAUGACCAGCUCUUGCACGAUAUCCCUUGCUCGCCUGCCUAAUCGUCCUGGGACCCCUGAGAUUCCUCAGAAGUACAACAACACAGCCUUAGUACUGUGGAGGCCCUCUGACACCAUGGCCCCCUGCACAUACUCUCUGGAGAGGAAAACAGAGGGUGACAUCAACUGGCUGAUUGUGGCAACAGGCGUGGCCGACUGUUACUACAAUGUGGUUGACCUGCCGGCUGGGUCCUCCUACAGGUUCAGGGUGGCAUGUGUCAACAAAGCUGGCCAGGGCCCCUACAGCAACCUCUCUGAAGAAGUGGGCCUGGAUGCUUCAGAAGAACCAGCUAAAUCCAGUGCUGCUGUGGUGGUCAAGACUGUCCCUGCGACUCCUCCUCCUCCCCCUGUGGUGGUGAUGUCAUCCAUGAAAGUGCCUCCCAUUAAACCAGCUCCUAGUAAAUCCACUACAGUAACACUUGCCCAACCUGCCCCUCCCUCUACUAUAGCCCCGACAACAUCUGUGGCUAAAUCUGCUUCUCCGAUAACCAUCAAACCUGCUCUUCAGGUUGAUGCCAGCCGUCCUGCUGUCAUUCCUUCCAUUAGUGUAGUCCCCUCUGAGCAAGCUGUGGUUCAGACCACCACAAGUGUUCAAGCCACGCCAGCAAAAGCUAAGACCACCCUUAGCAUCAGUGUGGGCAAACCCCAAAGCAAGUUAACGCCCCCGCCUGUUGUUCCGCCCAAACCCAGAAGUCCUGUAAAUGCAACUCCUGGAAAAAACAAUAAAUCCCCAUCUCCUGUACCAGCCCCUGCACCUGUCAUUGGGAAACCCAUUUCAUCCUUGCCAAUGUACGUGCCAGCUGCAACUGCACGUGCUACCCCACCUUCUCAAUCCAGUUUAACACUGACAACCACCACCACCUCCAUCACUCCUGUGAUUGUUACUCCUGUGACUGUUACUCCUGUGACUGUCACCCCUGUGACUGUCAACCCUGUGACUGUCAACCCUGUGACUGUCACUCCUGUGACUGUCUCGCCGGCUGUGGUGGUGGUGCAGAGCUUGACGCCUGUGUUGCAGGGAGGGGACAGUUGGAGUGCCCCGUCUGGGCGGGUCACCCCGUCUGGGCGGGUCACCCCAACGGGACGGGUUACACCCUCGGGACGCAGGACACCACUGGGAAAGCCUGGUGAGGGAUCUCUGCGCCAGGGAGUUCCACAGAAACCUUACACCUUCAUGGAUGAGAAAGCAAGGGGUCGUUUUGGUGUGAUCCGCGAGUGCCGGGAGAACGCCACCGGCAACCUCUUCAUGGCCAAGAUCGUUUCAUAUGAGGCAGACAGCAAGCAGAUGGUGCUGCAGGAAUAUGACAUCCUCAAGUCCCUUCAUCAUGAGAGGAUUAUGGCUCUGCAUGAAGCUUACGUCACACCACGCUACCUGGUGCUUAUCUCUGAGUACUGCAGUGGAAAGGAACUGCUCCACAGUGUCAUAGACAGGUUCCGUUACUCUGAGGAUGACGUGGUGACCUAUGUCGUGCAGAUCCUCCAGGGUCUGGACUACCUCCAUACCCGACGCAUCCUCCACCUUGAUAUCAAGCCAGAUAACAUCAUCGUCACCUACAUGAAUGUCAUUAAGAUCAUAGACUUUGGCAGUGCUCAGACAUACAACCCUCUCUUCCUUAAGCAGUUCAGCCCUCCUAUUGGAACACUGGAGUACAUGUCUCCUGAGAUGUUGAAAGGGGAUGUGGUGGGUCCUCCAGCUGAUAUCUGGAGUGUGGGUGUACUGACCUUCCUCAUGUUGAGUGGCAGGUCUCCUUUCAUGGAAAAUGAUCCUCAGGAGACAGAAGCCAGGAUCCAGGUGGCAAAGUUCGACCUUUCCAAACUCUACCAGAAUGUGUCCCAAAGUGCCUCACUGUUUCUUAAAAAGAUCCUCUGUAGCUACCCCUGGGCCCGUCCAUCUAUUAAGGACUGCUACAAUAACUCCUGGCUUCAAGAUGCCUACCUGAUGCGCCUGCGUAGGCAGACUCUCACAUUUACAACCACCCGUCUCAAGGAAUUCUUGGCCGACCAGCAGCGCAGGCGAGAGGAGGUGGCCACCAAGCACAAAGUUCUCCUGCGGUCCUACAAGAGCUCGACACAAACCCCCACCAGCCCCACCGCGCCAAACGUGCCAGCCUCACCCACUACACCCGUUACCCAGUGAAAACAGGCUUCCAAACACCAGUGGUUGGGAUUGUACAAGGGAGAGGAUCCUUAGAGUGAGAUGUGAUUUUGGGGCAUGAGGCGCAACAAUCCCUUCAGGUCUGAAAAGUUGAACUUGUUUCAGAAGGAGAGAAAACUCAUGAAAACAGCAGUAGCUGUAAGCUACAGAAACACUUGAUUAUUUUUCUUCUUCAAGAGAAAUCUUUUAAAGAGAUUCUUAAAGAAAGAUUUCAUGUCAAAAGAACUCUUACAACGUGACUGCUUUUUAUAGUGUGGACCUUGUUCAAACAAGGCAGUAUGGUGUCUACAAGUUAGUACCUCAAGGUUUGUAACUUUGCAAACAUUUUGGAUUUUUUUUCUUUUCUUGUGGUAAACUCCACACUGAUUACAGGGGACACAUAAAUGCAUUUGCUAACCCAUCAUGAAAGGCUGAAAAUUGCUGUUACGGAGAUUUCAUGUCAAUGGUUUAAUUGAAGUACACAAGGUUGAAAAAAAUACUUAGCACAACUCCAAAAAGGACUACUGUACAAUGAUGCCUUUUCCAGAGUAAUACAUAAACUCUCUUAUAACCAUAGUCUCACAUUCAGAUGCCAGAUGUUCCAUCGAAGAUGUCUAAUUCUCUAUCCUUAAUUUAAGACAACCUAGGAUGCCAAAUAUUUUCCUCCAUUAACUGAGGCUGCAUCCACACGACUAUGUUUUCAUUUGAAAGCGCUUUGUCUCUGCCAUGGGUAUGCCUGGUGUCCACACUACUUUAGAGCUGUGGAAACACUGCUGGCCCAGUUUUAGUUUGAAAACUUUGGAGCUGAAUUGUUUCUGGACGAACAGAAACAAAGGUGUUUAGAAAUUAUGACAUAGCACUCACAACCGCUUGAUGAUUGGGUACAUUGACAUAGCCUUCGCUGAUUUGUCAGGUGCUUAUUACAUGGCCCCCUCCUGGAAGAGAACAACCAGCAUUAACCUUGGCUGCAAGUGUAGAAUGCAACAUGGAUAAUCAAUUACUAGCAUUGCUGACCCAGCUGUCAUUGCUAACAGCUGUAUCUGCAGUUAAAUUCUGCAAUGAUAUAAAUGGGUAUAGAUGAGCUAUUAUUCAAGCAAUCCGCGACUAUUCUGCAACAAACAAGCAAAUGCUUCCUGUUUACACCUGCAUGCGCAUGCCCAGUGUACCUGAGUGGUUACUGGUUAUAUGUUUUAAGGCGCGUUAGUAUGGACAGGGAUUAAAACUAAUACAGAGCAAAAUUGCUUGUGUGGACAGGUAGUACAAACGACAAAAACAUAGUAGUCCGGAUGUAGCCUUAAUGUAUUACAUAAUAUUAGCAGUGUAAUCUGUGCUACCUGAGUUUUUAUACUGCCACAACACCUCAGAUGAUGGUCAAGACUGUAGCAGCACCAGAGAGAACUCAAUCUGUUUCAUUUAGAGUUUAGAAAACGUAUAUUCAUUUGUGAAGAUGCACUGGUGGGUUCUCUACAAGGGCUAUUACAAAAGGACUCUUUUUACUCAGCACUAAUUUCUUCCCCAAUGUUACAUUAAGUGACUCCAUGCAGUGCUCUGGCUGUGUUGGCGCUGAGCAGACACUAGUUCCUUCACCAAAAAUAAGCUAACAAACGCCACAUUGGCUUCCAAUUUAACAACACUCUUCCACUCAGCCCAGUGUCAAAGAUACAGCUUGAUCAUCCGCUCAGAUCAACAUUCACAGAUUUUGAAUGAGGUUUACACAUUUGAUGAUUCACUUUUUACUUUAACUGUAGACAGAGAACUUUGCCUGAGGUCCUCAUUAAGUGUUAGAUUGUUUGGGGGGUUAGAGGUAAGGUGAAUAACUUUUGAACCUACUGGUGAUAUAAGGGUGUAUCUAAGUGCCCUUAAAGAGUGAGAACCUUUACAUUUCAUUGACAGAGGAUGUUGAUGAAAACAUUGCUGCCCUUGUUCCACAAAAGCUACUGCUUUUUUUGGUUUACAUAAAUUAGUUUUAAAAUGGCACAGCCUUUUAGAUAUAAAGUAAGGAAGGGAUUCAAUUAUUGAUUUAUUAUUUAUUAGAGUAGUAUACACCUUUAUAGGUCAAUUUAUAGGCAACAUUACUGCCCAUGCAGACUGUUCAAAACAUUCAAUCUGAAAUCUGAGACAAUCCAUACACCUCAAGGAAACAUUGUGUUCAAUACGCUUUCUCCUGUUCCAUGCUCUAUAUAUAAAAUAUAUUGAGGUACCCUAUCUACCUCUUCAGAAAUAAGUCAAAUAACAUGGAAAAAAAACAUGUCUUUCUUCAUCAUCAAGUGUGUAAAUGAACAGAUUCAUGCCUCCUGAACUGGUCAAUAUUAAAACCAUUAUAAAACCAUAAUCUGUUUACUAAGUUUACACACCAAUUAAACCAUUACAUGGCACUUUUCUGUGAUUAUACACUUGCCCCUUGGGUAAAUUGAAUAUGACUCAGUUGCCUACUGCUGUUUAAACUUUAUACAUUGUUCGUAUUAACAACUGAUUCUAGAUGUUUUACAUUAUAGUGUGUUUCCAAAUGUCACAAUUGAGAAAAUAUCUACCGUAAUAUCCCCUUUUGUCCUGAGGAUGGUUCAUUCGGAAUAUUUUAGUUCUUGAAGUCUAUCCUUAAGAAUGACACAAGAAUUAUUUGAUUUAUCCUCAUUCUUUAUGGUAAAUAAAAUGGCAAAGUUGUAUAAUUUCUGUUGUAUUGCUUUGCCUUGUGGGGGCAAAUUCAGUUUGCAGACCAACAUGUCAGACAUUAGCAAACAUGUCACAUGUCCUGGUUUCAACUACAGAUUUGCACGCUUCACACAGAACAUGUCAAUUCUGUGACAGUAGAUAACGUUUUAAAGAAAUGAGAAGCAGAACCCAACGCUGAGUCUUUUUGGGUGUAAAACAAAUAUCAAAUCAAGAGUUAUUUUGUUAUGUGUAUUGCCUGAAGGAUGUUGCUGGUAAAUCUAUGAAAUUAUUUAAUUAGCUCUAUAUAUUCUUAUGCUAUUGCUAGAUUAACUGCCUUUUUCUGUCUCUUUGGCUCAGUUGCUUUCCAAUGCAGAGUACAGUUAAGUUGUUUUAAACCUGAAUGAAAACAUGCAAGAUCAGCAUGACAGUUCAAUGUUGCAUAAAAUCCAGAAUUUCUGUGCACAAAAUAAGUUCCUUUCUUCGAUCAUAUGAAAUGAGACUACAGCGGCUUGUAAGCAGACAACGGGUGUUUUGAAAAAGAAAGUUGUUGAACGCUCCACUUUUUGUAUUAAAAUCCUAUGCCGUAUUUUGUGGAAUGUGUUGCAGUGCCUCGUGAUGGAUGUGGAGAUAAUAGUUUGGUAAAUGAAUUAUUUUUGAUUAUAUGAAUGUGACUGCUUCGUGUGUGUUUCACAAUUUGUUUAUUUAUUGAGUGAUUGUAUUUGUUACAGCUUCUGCUUUUUAUUUGGUGAACUUUCUGAAUCUGGCAUGGCCAAGGCAUGACAGCUGUGAAGGCUAUUAACAAUAAAGGCAAUAUGACAAAUGUAUGAAUACGAUGUAGCCAUUUGUAUCAAGUGGGUAUGAAAGGUGGUAAAACAAAAGCUGUUUGUGCUGAAUUUGCUUCAGUUUAAUGAAACAAAAGGUAUUUGAAUGGACUGUAGUCAGCUCAGGCUACACCACUCCCUCUGAAUGACCCUGUCCCACAAUUAUCUGCUUGUUUCCACCAGGGGCGACUCACAUUUCAAUCCACUCCCAUACU